GGUUUUUGUUAGUGAGACUAAAAAUGUUCUAGUUUAGCAAAUUUAAGGAUUAAAGAUGCUUCUGGUUAUAUUUAAGGGAUAAAAAUAUACCUAACUCACAGGUAAGGGACAAUUUUGGCAAAAAUAAAAUAAAAAUACAGGCGUUUAAAAAUCAAGCAGACUCGAAAACUUGAGUGCACCCGUCACUGGACUACAAGUCUACAACAGUAGUACAGUACAACACCCAGGUGCCACUUGAAAGCUGGGGGUGCUCUAACCCUGAACGUAGGUCCGCCUCAUAAACCUGUUAGUAAUACCAUUUCCUUACCGCGCAAUUUAUAUUUGAAGGCGCAGGCUUUUACCAAGCAAAAGUUGAAGGAGAAAAUCGCGGAAGUUAACUCUUUUAAUUUAGAAGAAAAAGAAGAAGCAUGGCGAUCGAAUGUUUAGUUUUGGGGGCAGGACAGGAGGUAGGAAAGAGCUGUGCUGUGGUGACAAUAAAUGGCAAGAAGAUAAUGUUUGAUUGUGGGAUGCAUAUGGGGUACCUCGACCAUCGCAGAUACCCGGAUUUCUCUCUAAUUUCUAAGUCUGGAGACUUCAACAACGCUCUCUCAUGCAUCAUCAUCACCCAUUUCCACUUAGACCAUAUUGGAGCUCUUCCAUAUUUUACUGAAGUGUGUGGGUAUAAUGGCCCCAUAUACAUGACGUAUCCAACAAAAGCGUUGGCUCCAUUGAUGCUGGAAGAUUAUCGCAAAGUGAUGGUUGAUAGAAGAGGAGAGGAGGAGCAAUUUAGUUCUGAGCAUAUUACAGAAUGCAUGAAGAAAGUUACUGCGGUGGAUCUGAAGCAGACUGUGCUGGUUGACGGGGACCUUCUGAUUCGAGCAUACUAUGCUGGACAUGUUCUUGGUGCUGCAAUGUUUUAUGCUAAAGUGGGUGAUGCUGCUAUAGUGUACACUGGCGAUUAUAAUAUGACACCCGAUAGACAUCUUGGAGCUGCUCAAAUUGAUCGGCUGCAGCUGGACCUUGUCAUAACAGAGUCAACUUAUGCAACCACCUUCCGUGAUUCCAAAUAUGCCCGGGAGAGGGAGUUUCUCGAAGCAGUUCACAAAUGUGUUGCUAGUGGAGGAAAGGUGCUCAUCCCUACAUUUGCUCUGGGAAGAGCUCAGGAACUCUGUAUGCUAUUGGAUGACUAUUGGGAGCGAAUGAAUCUUAAAGCUCCUAUUUAUUUUGCCGCAGGUUUGACUAUUCAAGCUAAUAUGUACUACAAAGUUCUCAUAAACUGGACCAGCCAAAAGGUGAAAAGUACUUCCGCAACACGAAAUGCAUUUGACUUCAAAAAUGUCCACAGUUUCGAUCGUUCCAUGAUAAAUGCUCCUGGACCUUGUGUUUUAUUUGCUACUCCGGGCAUGAUAAGUGGGGGAUUUUCACUUGAAGUUUUCAAGCAAUGGGCUCCGUGCGAACAGAACCUCAUAACACUCCCAGGAUAUUGCGUAGCUGGGACAGUAGGACACAGGUUGAUGUCCGCUAAAACUCCCGCCAAAAUAAAUGUUGAUGAAAAUACCCAGAUUGAUGUGCGCUGCCAGAUCCAUCAGCUGUCUUUUAGUCCACAUACUGAUGCCAAGGGAAUCUUGGAUUUGGUCAAAUUUCUAUCACCCAAACAUGUAAUACUUGUGCAUGGCGAAAAGCCCAAGAUGGCAUUGCUUAAAAAGGGAAUUGAAUCAGACUUCGGGAUCCCGUGCUAUUAUCCUGCAAAUAACGAGAUUGUGUGCAUUCCCUCAACUCUCUAUGUUAAAGCUGAUGCAUCCAGAGAAUUUCUUAAAAGUUCUUUGAGCCCAAAUUUCAAGUUUCUAAACACAAGUUCAAGAGCAGACAUUGAUUUGAUUCUGAAUGAGAGAACCGAGUCUUUUGUGCAAGUAUGUGAUGACAGAGUAGCUGAAGGGGUGCUCACCAUGCAGAAAAACCAGCACCCCAAAAUUGUGCACCAGAAUGAGCUAGUGGCCAUGGUAGGAGGAGAAAAUCAUGAAGUUCAGUUUGCUUACUGUUGUCCAGUGCGUGUCUCUGAUGAAUGUAAAGAUGUAGCUCCGUCACCAGGAGAAAACACGCCUCCUGUGCUUGAUAAAUGCCUGUGGCUACACUUAUUAUACACAAAACUAUCAAAUGAUUUUCAAGAUGUAACCUAUCAGAAUGAUGGAGACCGUCUCCAAAUAGAGUCAUUUACUGUCUCUGUGUGUCUGAAGGAGAAGUGUCCUCAUAGAACUCAUGUUAGUCCUGAUAGCACAUCUGAAACAGUAAACUUUUGUUGCUUGUGGUCAAUGGUAGAUGAGAAACUUGCUUGGAGGGUCAUUUCAAUCAUGAAGAAUUUGGAGUUGAAGACUGGUUAAGUUUUACUGCUUGCAACUUGGUCGUGGCAUUGGUGUCUAAUGCACGACCUUGCUUACCAACAUUCUGUUGGUCAAGGCAACCAUGAACAUGCAACUACAGGUUUCUCAAUCUUCUUGCCUUUCUACAUCACCGAAGUAAGCUCCAUUUUGCUGUCUCUUGAGAUAAGGAUGAUCUCUCGUACGCACAUGAAAGAGCCCAUGUUGAAUCUUAUGCUUCUCAUUUUGGAUAUUCUAAAACGAGUUGAUCAUCAUGUUAACUCGCAUUUCAGAUCCUCUGAGGAUUGAGGAAGCUGAUUGCGAGAGCCUAAGCCGAAUUUCAUUCUCCUUUCCUUUGCUAUGCUAUCAGAACACGAGAUGAUGGUCUGAAAUUUGGAGACUAGUCAUUGCUAGAGAGCGGUUUAUAAAGCAGAAACUUGUGUAAGGUUUACUUUCGUGUAACAGUAAUUUUUUGCUGCAAACCAUACAAUGCCCUAUGCUUGAAAAGGCCUAGUUUGGUUGAUGAGACCUAGGUCAAUUGGGGAGGCUGAGCCGCUGAGGUAACAAAAACCUUGAGGUCGUUCACUUCAAUUCAAAUUAUCUAGCAGUAGAGUUGUAAACCAACGUUUCUGUAGUAUAACACUCACGGAAGGAAAAGCGUUUCUUAUUAAAUAAAUAAAUUUCCUUGCUUUAGGACAUUUUA